AUGUUAUGCGUAUUGCACCUUACUACUCUCACUACUUAUAAUGGUAAUAAAGAUAAUAGUAACAAAAAUGAUGAUAACAAAAAUAAAGAUAAUAAAAAUAAAGAUAAUGAAGAUAAUAAUAAUAAAGAUAAUAGUAAUGAAGAUAAUAGUAAUAAAGUUGAUAGUAAUAAAGAUAAAAAUAAUAAAAAUAAAGAUAAUGAAGAUAUUAAUAAUAAAAAUAAUUAA